GGUAAUUGUGUGAGGGUGGGGGAAAGUUUGAAAGUUCGAUGCUGCUGACCUGGCCAAUUUGAGACUUCUCCCUGUCUGCUCCUGCAGCAACUACAACCUUGCAAGCAGAAUCAGCUUAUGCUUGCAUAGUUGUAGUUAUUUGAGUGUGUAUCUCUCCCAUCUUUUAGUUAUUCUUUGGGAGAUCUGGAAACAUGAGCAACAAGAAACUAAGACGAGUAGGUUUAUCACAAGAGCUGUGUGACCGUUUGAGCAGACAUCAGAUUGUUAAUUGUCAGGACUUUUUAGGUCUUUCCCCACUGGAACUUAUGAAAGUGACUGGCCUGAGUUAUGGAGGUGUCCAGGAGCUUCUGUAUAUGGUCAGCAGGGCCUGUGCCCCACAGAUGCAAACAGCCUAUGAUAUAAAGAUGCGGAGGUCUGCUGAACUCUCCCCAGCGUUCCUGUCUACUACCCUUUCUGCUUUGGACAAAGCCCUGCAUGGUGGUGUGGCUUGUGGAUCGCUCACAGAGAUUACAGGUCCGCCAGGUUGUGGGAAAACUCAGUUUUGUAUAAUGAUGAGUGUUUUAGCUACAUUGCCCACCAACAUGGGAGGAUUAGAAGGGACUGUCGUGUAUAUUGACACCGAGUCUGCGUUUACUGCUGAAAGACUGGUCGAGAUUGCAGAAUCCCGUUUUCCACUCUAUUUUAACACAGAAGAAAAACUGCUUUUGAUGAGCAGUAAAGUUCAUCUUCACCGGGAACUCAGCUGUGAGGCAGUUCUGCAAAGGCUUGAAUCUUUGGAGGAAGAGAUUAUUUCCAAAGGAGUUAAGCUUGUGAUUGUUGACUCUAUUGCUUCUGUGGUCAGAAAGGAGUUCGAUCCUCAGCUUCAGGGCAACAUCAAAGAAAGGAACAAGUUCUUGGCCAAACAAGCAUCCUUGCUGAAGUACCUGGCUGAGGAAUUUUCACUCCCAGUCCCUGAUCAAAUUUAGUCAUUUGGGACCCCAUUGGAACUGUUCACUGCUUUCUGGGCAGCCUCUUUUGCUUGGUGUACUUGUAUUGUGGCUGUGGUGUUGUCAGCCUUUGAGUUGAGAGACUCAGAGACUCAAAUGUGAAGGAAUUCUACAGCCUGCUCUUCAUAUACAAGGUCAAGAACCUUUAACUGCUUCCAUGUUGGUAUCCGUACCCCGUUGAGAGCAACGGUACAUGUUGGGUAAACAGCUGUUUCCUCUUACUCAAGCCAUACACGCUACUGUUGCAGAUAGUCUUUCGAACCCCCAUUGCUGACUCCAGUGUUAUUACCACAGAAUUGUGAUGAAGUAUGAAUAAUACUAUAACAAGUGAUACUUAGGAAAUAAACCAUCAGGUGUGCUGCGUUUGUAAUCACUACAAUGCUGUACAAAUAAUUAUGCUAAGUUAAUGUUAUGGAUGAUAACUUGAUAGGUUUAUAUGUUUAUAAUAUGCAUAUAUUAACCUAUGUUAUAGCUUCUUUUGAUUUUAACAUCCAUGAAGUUAAUGUGAUGACUCAGUUUUUUGAGCUAUUAGCGAACCUUUUGUUCGGGAAGGGUGACAUCAUUUGGUCCUUAUGUGGACAUGAAUGUGUUUAUAUUUUAGUUCUGUUAUGGCUCUUGUCUACAUUAGUCAUUGACCAUCAAAGAAGUUCUAAGUGACACCACGUUACUGGAAACACACAUAUUAUUAUGUUACAGAGAAUUUGAGUUAUAAAAUUAAACAUUCUCAGGAGAGAAUUUUAUAGACUUGAAUACAUUAAGACUGUGGUUUGAGAAGCACAGUUACAGGAGUCUGGUGGAAUUUUUCUCUCUGAAGCUUUGCGGAACUUGGAGGCAUGCUGCUGUGGGGAACUUUUGUCUUCAAAGCAUGUUCAUGACGCUAGCGGAAAAAGUAGUAGAUUCUGAAACCAUUUAUAGACGCUCCAUGGAAAUAAUAUGAGAAAAGGAUUUAGAUAUUGCCUGCUAAAGUCAGGUGGUUGUACUGCCUGUUCGGUGCUACUUCUAUUUACCAUAUACAAAGCAGUAAUGCCACAUGGUAGAUUGUGUAGAUUAAGAAAAUAGGACAUUGUUGUGAAAAGUAGUUGUUAGACAGUUCACAGGAGCACCCCCUUUCUGUUUUACAGAUGAUACUGAAUGUAGGCGUAGCUUUUUUUCACCUGUAGUUGUUAAAAUACAGAUUAUUCUAGGACAUGGCCGUAGCCAUUUUUCCUGUGGUUGCCCUCUGUGCUCUUGGUUAUGUGCUUUUGGGAAUAUGCAUAGCUCAAAUUUAUUGCUUAUUGAGGUUUCUUUUGAAAUAAUAAUAUCCAUUUUUAUGAUUAAAACUUUAGAAAAAUGAAUGAAAAUAUGUAUACUUCUCAUUUUGCUAUUUAAAGGCAUCCAGAUUUAGGAUCAUCACCAAGAAGAAACUGUUUCUGUUUUAAGUGAAGAAAUUAUAAUACGAUUAAAUAUUUUAUUAUUUGAAAAAGUCAUAGAUUUUUAUUUUCCUUCAAGUUAAUCUGACCCAACUUUAUAUGAGCCAGAAUUUAUCUUUUAUUUUACUUUCAGCUGUCUCAUCCUAUAAGGUAGGUUUAAUCUUCAAGAUCAUACCUUGUCAUUGACACGAAUAAAUAUAAAAAAUUAAAUUAGUGGCCAAUCAUUAAAAUAAUUAAAAUUUUGUUAAUUACAAAUUUCUUAGUGGCUGGUUGUGGCACAGAGUCAGGCAGAUCUUCAUGAGUUCAAGGCCAGCCUGGUCUACAGAGUGAGUUCCAGGACAGGCUCCAAAGCUAAAGAAACCCUGUCUCAAAAAACCAAAAAGAAAAAAAAAAAUUCUCACUGUGUUUCUGACUUGUGACAAAGAGUGUCCACUUUGCCAUUUAGUCUUUUCAUUGAUGUUCAGAGCUUACUUUUUUAGGAGAGUCUCAUGAAAUUGCUCUAUGAGCUAGGAAUCACAGAUUCUCGUAUUAAAACACUAGAGUCGGCGUUCACCCUUUCUUGUGUGGCUUUUCUGGAAGUCAGGUCUUUUGGAUUCAGUCUUACCAUUCAUAUGAGUCACUGAGAGCCAACACCUCAGACUCUGAGGUGAGGAGGGCUUUGUGGGGCCUUCAGUUGGCUCAUACUGGAGGCCAUGUUAUUUCAGCUACACUUGCCAUCCAGGGGCCUUAGACUUACUGGGAAGUAAGGCUUUAUUUCAUCAGCUAAUGAAAUCCUAGAAAUCUUCACUUUCUUUUGUGUAGGUCUUUCUCAUGUGGAAAACUUUGUUUUUAUUGUCAACUAAAGUCAGAAGCUAGAAACAGUGUACAGAUUAAUGAGUAGGUCAUUGGUAAGGUAGCAUUGGUGUGUCUGAAGGGUGCACAGUCCGAAAUGGUGGGAUGGAUCAGUGAGGAAAGAGUUAACUCUGCUGGCUUGAGUUGCUCAAAUCCUGCUUGUUUCCAGAAAAAGUCUCCCUUUAGGCCUGGUCCUUGUCUGGGUCCUGUGAGAUGAGCUCUAAGCCUGGGAAUAUUCUACCUAGUAAAUGUUUUUGUAUGUGUGACGGUUGAGGCCACAGGUACCAGUUUGAUGACAGUUUAUGCAAACAAUGUGGUUUGUGGUAAGUAUUGAUUUUGCUCUGGGGACUGGAGUCUGACCUGAGGUCAUUUAAGUGGUGCUACACACCUCAUGAUUGACCCCUAAUAAAAAUGCUGGACACGAAGUAUUGAGCCAGCUUUUCUGAUUAAAACCUCUUUGCACAUUUGCCCUGCGUCACUGCUGAGACAGUUACGCAGCUCCAUUGGGAGAGGACACUGGGAGCGUCUACCUGGUUUCCCUGUGCGUUGUCAUGCUUUUCUUUGCUGUUUCUCUCCCAAGUCAUAACUGAGGGAAGGGAAAGGAAAGGAUGAGGAGAGAGAGGCAGCCUUAUAGCUUCAACAUCUUUUCUGAGCUUAAUGUUUUUAAAACUAUUUUUAUUAUUGUAUAUUGACAGUUUCUAAUUUUAGGUAUUGCUGGGAUCCAAAGUGAUGUUAUGAUAGUUUUAAUGGUAACUGCUUUAAGACUGGCAAGAUUUAGCUACAAGUGUUCCAGCAAGCAUAAUUCAUUAGUUUUGAUGAUGUACUGUGAUGUACUUAGUAAGAUGGUAGGAGGAGCUGGGAGAUGAGAACUCUGUGUUCUCUUUACAACUUUAUGGUAAAUCUAAAAUUAUUGCAAAAUGGACAGUUUUUAAAAAGGAGGCAAAAUGGGUGGUAUUCUUUUCCUUAGUUGGCCUGCAGACUAAUAAAAACUGUUCUGGUUGUGUCUGGAGAAGGAGAAGCACAUUUGAGGUACUGGCUCUCCCCCCUUUGGCCAUCUGGUUCUAUAGAUAUUAUCUGAUAACCUCAUUAUUUUUAAAACUUUUUUUUUUUUUACCUUUCAGCAAAUCCUCCUGGCUCCAUCUCCAUAAUAAACUUAGUGUCUGCUUACUUCCACCACCUCAGUCCUACCUUCCUGGGCCCUGGGAAAGUGCAGCAUGGGCUUUUUUGUAGUUUUGACUUUUCUUUGGACUGCCAGCUCACAAAUAAUGACACGGAGAGCUAUUAAUUAUAAAAGAUUGGUCUUUACCUUAUGCUUUCCCCCAGCUAGCUCUUAUAUUAAAUUAACCUGUCUGUAUUAAUCUACAUCCUGCCAUGUGACUCGGUUACCUCUCUGUACUGUUAUGUCUGACUUCUUUAGAGUCUCACUGGUAUCUCUCCGCUUCUCUUCUUCCCACAGUUCUCUCUCUCACCAGAAGUACUGCCUAUUCUCUCCUAUGUGUCUGUUGGCCAUUCAGCUCUUUAUUGAACAAAUCAGAAGGUGCCUUAUGCAGAGACACAUCGCUACAGUAUACAAAAAGAUUAUCCCACAACAGCUUUGGAUUUAGAUGUUAGUUUGACUGAUAGCCCACUCUUGCUGAUAUUAAGACCUUGAGCAAGUGUGUAUCCUAGCUCUGACUCUUAGUUUUCUUGUUUGAAAGUGGGCAUGAUAUCUGACUUGUAAUGGUGUGGGGAUUAAAUGAGAUAUCUGUAAUGUUCUUCACCCAAUACUUGGCGUGUUUGUGAAAGGCAGCUGUUAAUUAUUAAUUUUAGGAAUUACCUCAUUCCAGAUGCUUUGUAUAUCUUCUAUCCUAAUAUUUGUACAGUGUUAAAAUGAUAAUUCUCCAUUUCCCCCCUUCCUCUGUUUUGUUGAUAGAGGCUUGAAGCCUCUUGUACCCCAUGACUCCUUCUUUGGAUCUUAUACUUCUUUUCUUUUUUCUUUGUUAAUUCCACUCUUAGUAAUUGUGUACAAAGCUCUAUGCUAGGCACAAUGAGGUCAUGAAGACAAAGAAAACAUAGUCUUUGGCCUUAAGGCUUCUAUAAAUAAGUCACCUGCAGAGACAAAUAACUCUGUGUGGUGUAAUGGAGAAUAGAAUGAGUAUCUUGUCUUCGGCUCUUUGUUUCUAACUGAUGUGUAAGAAGCAUGGCACCUCCAUUUUUGUCACUGGGGCUAUAGAUUACACAGAUAAAAUAAUGGGAAAGUAUAGACCUUCAGUUUCCUGUUAAACCCGUUCUCAUCCUGACCCAUACUGUCUCUCCCUAAUUCAGAAAGGGAGUGCUGUUUUGGAGGUAGGCACUUGUUAAACUGAUGAGCACACCUGCAAUUGUAACGUUACUUUGCUGAGAAGAGGUUAGAAAUGAAAGUCAGUUGCAGUCCUAGUGUUGCCCUGCACUUAUUACCCAGUCCCCCAUGUGCUGUAUGUUUUCCAGUUGAAGAUCUUAAGCCUGUGGCUGAGUGACAACCUUUAGUUUUCCAAUGAGAACAGGGAUAUAGUGAAAUGAGGUGGCUUACCCAAGAUGGCUUUGAAUAAUCCAGUGAUGUCAUUUACCACUUGUAGCAUAGGUUGAGUAUCUAGUUGGUUUGCUUCUGAGUUUACUGCAUAGAUAAUGGUAUGAUACAGAUCAGUGCACUGUAACUUUCUCCAAAUAUAUCUCUGCCACAUCCUCUGCUCAGAAGUAUUGUGUGGUAUCGUGUAUAAUUAAAGUGUCAUGUAUAACUACAAGCAUUAUAAGGACAGAAAACUUAUGUGUUUUGUUGUCAGGUAUAUCCUUUGUAACUAGGUCAGAAUAUUUGUUGAUGGAUUGCUUUCCUGAUAAGGCACUCAGGAACAUCCUUCCUUCUUGCUCCAGCAUAUUCCUCCUGUCUUGCCUUUUUCUAUGCUUGUACACUGUUGCUCUACCUCUGCUCCACUUUUCAUUAUGGUACAAACAUUGUGAACUUCUCUUUGGAACUUAAAUGAUUUAUUUGCCUUACAGUAUCAUUUAACUUUUUGUAUGUUUGUGUCUGAGUCCCUGAAAACAGCACUGUGUACUCGCCAUAGGUACCUUUCUUGAAAAGUGUCUCAUAUUAAGUAGGUAUCCAAUACAUAUUUCUGUAAUAUUUUAUACUUUUAAUUAUACAAUUUCCGAAAUGAGUAUUUAAUUAAAUGCUUAUUUGAUUCUUAUGUUAUUAGAAAGGGUGGCACUCUUUUAUUUAUACUUUUUUAUGUAUAAAACUUUUUUGUUUUUUAUGUAGAAAAACAAUCUUAUUUUACAUAUCAAUCCCCCUGUUCCCUCUCCC